UCACGCGGUAAUGAUGAUAACGCUCGCGGUUUGACCAUGACCGGGUGUAGCCGGGACGCACAUGCGCACUCGCGUCGCUGAUGUGGGCGCCUACUGCGUGGCCUUUGAACUCCAUUGUUGUGUCGCGGGUGACGUCAGCGCCUUGUGCGCGAGAGACUGGCAGGCAGAGAGCGGCGUCGCGUGCGCCUGGCUAGACAAAGGCGGCGGACUCCAGGCAGCGGGAGAGACGAGACGCUGCUCCUCUUGUGUGUGUGUGUGUGUUUUUUGGGAUUUAUACGCUUAUGGAAAUGUGAAGAAUCACGCCAACGCAUAGCUCGAGUCAUGGGAAAGUAGAGAUCUUUGCGUUUUUUCUUGUGUGUUCACUCUCGCGUGUGCGUUGAAUGUUUUUUUUUAAACAGAUAUUUUCUCCAAACGCCCCCCAAAUUAGCAAACUCGGCUAAGCGUUGUAGCCAGGACUUCAGUAUUCCUUCUCCAGAAUCAAAAUAAAGGAGCGGGAGCCAAACAGAAAGCCGUUUCUCGUCCCGUCUAAUGCUCAUCCGCGGGCAGCAUGCCUAGCCCCCUGUUCCACCCAGAGAUCAUGGACCACGACGCGGUAGUGAGCGCGCAGCAGACCGGCGUCGCGCUGCCCGGAGAACCGGAACCGGAGUCCCGCGACGAGGAGCACCAGGAAGCGCUGCGCUUCGCCAUCGAUCAGUUCUCGCUCAUGGCACUGGACAAAGUGGACUCCCUGGACGGGACCACGACAGGAACCGUGUCCGAGAACUGCAACGGCAGCGGCGGAGGAGGAGGAGUUGGAGGAGGCGGCUACGUGGACCUGCCGCUGCUCGACCAUUCGGGCGGCUCCCGCGGCUCGCCCUCCUCCUGCUCUCCGUCUCCGGAGUACUACGGCACGGGCGGCUACCACAUGGCCCCGCACACACACCCCGUGCUGGGAGACCAGAGCGCCGCGCUGUGCAACCGCAAGAGGAGCGUCAACAUGACCGAGUGUGUGCCUGUGCCCAGCUCGGAACAUGUCGCUGAGAUUGUAGGGAGGCAAGGUUGUAAGAUCAAAGCUCUGCGAGCAAAGACCAAUACUUACAUCAAGACCCCGGUGAGAGGAGAGGACCCUGUGUUUAUAGUGACGGGCCGCCGUGAGGAUGUAGAAAUGGCCAAGCGUGAGAUCAUCUCUGCAGCUGAUCACUUCUCCAUGAUUCGUGCGUCUCGCUGCAAAGCCGGGGGGAGUGGAGGCUCUCUGCCUGGGCCGCCACACCUUCCAGGCCAGACUACCAUCCAGGUGCGUGUGCCCUACCGCGUGGUGGGCCUGGUGGUGGGGCCUAAAGGGGCCACGAUCAAACGCAUCCAGCAGCAGACUCACACAUACAUCGUGACACCGAGCCGAGAGAAGGAUCCUGUGUUUGAGGUGACGGGCAUGCCGGAGAAUGUCGACCGGGCGCGUGAGGAGAUCGAGACGCACAUCACACUGCGCACAGGCGCCUUCGUUGACCUGCAGGGCCACAACGACUUUCACACCAAUGGCACCGACGUCAGCCUCGAAAGCCUUGGCUCGCUGGGGCUCGGGGGCACGCUGUGGGGACGCGGAGGCAGCUCUGGUCACCACACAGCACCCCCGCCUCCUCCUCCACCACCUCCUCCUCUCCCUCUCUCCAUCCACCACUCAGGCCGCAAGCUCUCCACGGCAUCCUAUCACAACGGUGGUCUGAGUUCAGAGCCCUACCCAAGCAGCCGCCGGCCCACAGACAGUGCCAGUCCUACCAGUCCAUUUAGCACGGGCAGUGGUGGAGGCACCUUCACCUUUAGCAACGACCCUGCGCCUGGCAUGGCACCCGCCUCUGAUGAGCUUGGCUUUGAAUUCGGCAGCAGCAACAUCUGGGCACCACUGGCUAACGGUAACAAGCAGGCACAGCCUCUCCGGCGCAACAGUAGCGGCCUCAGCGGGGGCACGGUCACACCACGCCUCUCGCCCACACUGCCUGGCGACGGCUCGGCGCUGGAGCACCCGCUGGCACGGCGGGCACAGAGCGACCCUCUCAGUGCACUCUCCUGGCUUCACACGGGCUCGUCGUUCUCAGGAGGCAGCAGCAGCAGCAGCGGUGGCAGCACCACGGGCUACUCAUCCUGCUCUGCCUCCUCGCUGCCUGGCGGCUCGCCUACCGACUCCGAGGGCGGCGGCAGCGUGGGCACCGGAUCCAGCAUGCUGGGCCGCUUGAAGGCUGGCACCCUGGGCAGCAUGGUGCCAGGCGGUGGCAACAGGGACUGCUUCGUCUGUUUUGAGAGCGAGGUCACAGCAGCUCUCGUUCCCUGCGGCCACAAUCUGUUCUGCAUGGACUGCGCUGGGCAAAUCUGCCAGUCGCAGGAGCCCGAGUGCCCUGUGUGCCACACCCCAGCCACGCAGUGCAUUCGCAUUUUCUCUUAAUGGCACAUGGUCACCGGGGUGCUGUUAUCCCAAGCCCUGAAGAACAACCCCACUAUUUAGAAAGUCUACAGUAAACUAUAAGGAGAGAGAAAGAUGUGUACCUGCCUACAUAGGAUUGAUGAUAAUUACUAUAUUAAAUAUGACACUAUUCUGAUGUUGAUUUAUUAUUAUUAAUAAUAAUAACUAUGAUGAUAAUGUCAAUAUUAUAACAGACUCGCGUACUUAUCCCAGGCUGUGGAAUCAGCAGGUCAGCAGUGUACUUUAUUUUUCCUUUGAGAUGGACGAGGAGGAAACCAGUGUCUUAUCUUUAGGCAUUAAUUUGAUCUACCGCCGAUGAGUCUGUCCAUGUAUUAUACAUUCCCCCUUCCCCUUCAUUCUUGCUUCUGAGCAGGUUAUUUUUUUGCUUGAGACUUUUUUCUACUUGCAGAUAUUUUUCGAUUUAAGCUGCAUAGGUCUGCACUUUUUUCUAAGGGUUCAUUUUGAGAACUUUGAGAGGGGCGGGAAUGCAGUCUGUUUUUAAUCCCGCACGUUUUUGCGUUUUCACGAGGAAAAAAAAAACUGCGGCGCCUGCACACUCGUCAGACCAAAAUAGUACAGAAUUAUUUGUUUUUUUAUUAUUAUCGAUGAAGAAUGAAACACUUAAUAUUUAUUCAAGUUAAGAGUUGAUAUCCAGCAUAAUGGUUAAUGUUCAAUAUUAUGUAGGUAGAUAGAAUAGUUAACGUUGCAUAAGAAAUAUCAUUACAAUGCUAAGAGGUCGGUGUUCCGCCUGUCUUUGUCUUGCAAUCCUAAAACACUCAUACUCCAGUCCAGAAGAGGGCACUAUUAGACCCUCGAACUAGAACACGCACUGUUCCUGAGGACUUUACCCAGGGUGGACAUGUCAUAUACACUUCAUUAUCAGACACACACUUUCGUAUUUACUGCUUUGAUCAAAUAAGUUCAGGUUUGUUCAUUCCAGUUUCGUUCCCUGUCCCAGCGGGAUCCACUACAGCACCACAGAUACGGCGGCGUCGCCUUUCACUCCACAGACGACUUUAUCUGUUACACUUUUAUUGUUCUUUUAGAGAUUCUUUUAAAGUUUGCUGUCUGGUUGUUGGAACAGGACAGAAAUGUUCUCUCCAACAUCACAUUGUUCUGAAUUACUGAAUACUAGCAUAGAUAGGAUGUUGUAACUUUGCAAGAAUGUUUCUUCUUACUGUGGGGGUAUGUGUGUGUGUGUGUGUGUGUUUUGGAGGAGAAAAAGGUGAAGAGUGGGGAUUUUUAUUAUUUUUGAAAUUUAGUGGACUGUUGUAAAUCCAUCCCACUUUGUGCACUGCGACACAUUGCAAUGUUCUUUCGGUCUCUGGCCAGCCUGGAGAAACGUCGGUCUUCCGCCCUUCCCACAAGGCCUUGCUCUUAAUUUGAGGGUGAAGGCUCUUUGCUGUAAUCCACACUAGCGCCCAGACCCAUUUCCAUGUUUUGCCUCUUGCUGUUUUUGUGCUUUGGUCGGAUGAAGCUUGCGCCAGUAGCCCAGUGAAUAGGUUAAAUAUUUUUUUUUUCGCGACAAGCCAUGACGACACCGUACAGUCUAAAAGGGCUUCCUGUGAUAAUUCAGGUCUCCUUCAGUUACAAUAACCAGGAUUGAGAACCAAUCAGAACCUGGCAGCUAUGUUCACCCAGGGCUUCCAUUCACUCUGUGCUACAUGUCCGAGAGCCGCAGACGAGGUUUAGAUGUAGGGUCGCAGUCCAGAGCUUAGAACCGACGCUUAGACGCAGUGGCUUUGAAAUGGCGCUGAGGUUAAGGUCAGAGAUGAGAUUUUUAUAGUUCUGGUUUACAUGGUUUUAUCUGUGUUGUCCAUUUAGUUUCAGUAAUCAGGCAUUUAUGAAAUCAAGCCUCAAAAAUGGUCCAUAAUUUCUCCUGUGUCCCUCUUGAAGAGUGUUUUUUUUUUUUUUUUUUUGGCUUCAUCCACGGGUACACAGAUACGGAAUGUUAAGUGACUCAGUAGUGCCAGUUCACUUUCAGUUCAGAGUUGAGAGCAUUUGGUGCCUUGGUGGUGCAGAUCACUACUGAUGUUCAGUCUGUUUCUGAAGCUCCUGCCCUAGUUGUAGAGAAGAUGAUUCUGUGUUCGUAACAGGGAUCCACCCGCUCUUGUGGUCUUAUUUUAAACAUUUUAAGUCAUUUUUCCUUGCUGUUGAUUGCAGAAUGUUACAGAAAUGAAACGAGGAAGAGAAAUUUUUUUAAGUAUUUGUCCAGAGUAUGAGCCUGCUGUGAUGACUUUGAGAGGAAUCUCGUCAGACUGAGGUUAGAUCUUAGUAAGGUUAGUUUUAAGAUAUUUUGGAAACUACACUCAAAAGGGGUUUUCUUCUGGAAAUGUACAGUAGCAGAACUGGUUUAAAGGUACAGAAUUUGCUCCAUGUCAGUAGCGUGCUGUAAACGUCCCUCCGAGUGUGUGUCGUCUGAAGCUCCAGGUGUUUCUCAGCCUAGUGAGGACCAGACUCCUCAGUCACUCCGUCACUCCGAACCUGGACACAGCUGGCACAGACUCGAGAUGGAGAUUAGUUAGUGUGUAACCCCUUCUUACCCCCAUCCUGUCUCCCUAAGGUUUCUAAACAGGGUUUACUGAGGAAAGCUCGAAGGGGAGAUCUGAUCUCGGGCAUCGGACUGGCACCAAGCUGCCACGCUCCCAUAGAUCACUUAGCCCUGUAACUCUGCUCUCCUUUCUAGUGUUUUUUUUUUUUUUUUUUUGCUUUAAUUCUUUUAUAUGCAGAACCAAAAGUUGUUUCAGUAACAAGGUUUUAGGCCUGACUGUAAAUACCCUGAAAUACAAUCAUUGGGAUUUUUUUCCAGCCGUACAAAACUGAUAAGUUUAGUAGUUUUUAAAACAUUAUCAUUAUUUGUAAGUUAACUCUCUGCAUGUCUUGAAGCCAUCAGGCGUUAGCUAAUAAUUUUCUAAAGGUUAAUAAGAAAAAAGGACAAAAACUUUUUACACAUUUUAUUUUUACAAUUUAUUUGCUUACCUUAACCUAAAUAUCCCAGAUUAUAAUGUGACCCUUUUAUUACUGCAAAUUUAUCUUUAUUUUCCAUAUUUCUGUUUUCCUGUGUAAAACAUAUAGGCAAUUUAUAACAAAAUGAGAAAAUUAUUGAAGAAAAUUUAAAAUUGAAAUAUAUUUUAUUUGAAAGUUUAUGGACCUUUUAGCCGCGAGUCGGAACAAUUGUAUACACGUUAUAAUUUGAACUGACUUGACGGUUAUAAGAAAUGUAUCAAGAGUUUUAUUUUUUAUGCUUCUUUAAUAAAAUCUUGUUUUUUGUUUUCAUUUUUUACUGUAAAACAAUAAACCUCAGUGUCUUGGUGCUUUUCAUUUAGGUUACUGUAGGAUGAUACAAAGGCAUUCAAUACAGGCUGGAUGAGGAACCGGGGCUCAGCUGGAGGAGUCUGUGUUUAUGGGCUGGUCUCUGA